AUGGCAACGCUGACAACAUGUGGUGGUUCUGCCGUAGACAACCAUGACCAUGGGCAGGCGCUAGACGCCGAAGCGAGCAAAAACACUCCUAGAGAAUCGCUGGAGUUUGGCGACUUCACUCUCGUAGCCUUGACUCCUCCUCAGACAAGUCAGUACUUAGACUUUCUUCAGCUACCGGCACCGGUAAAGCCUGACCUGCAAAGCCUCGACUCAUAUAUCUCAGCACACCUCGAGCGAAUAUCUUUUCAAGGAGUCGACACGUUCCUUGGCAACUUCGAGCCUCUGACUGCCGACGCCGUAUUUUCCAAGGUCGUGAAGGAACGUCGUGGUGGCAACUGCUUCGAACUGAACUCUCUGUUCGCUCGUCUCUUGCUGGCCCUCGAUUAUAAGGUUCGGGUUCGCUGUGCCAGGAUCCGCUGGGCAGUUCCAGAGGACGUCCCGCCAGCGCCAGUUGAUCACAUGGUGCUCUACGUUAAUGUAUCCGACAACAAAGGCCAAGAAACCCCGUACUUGGUAGAUGUAGGCUUUGGAGGACCUUGUCCUCGCCGCGCCUUACCUCUCCACGGAGAUGCAGCGCCCUAUCGUCUGCGCGUACUUGAUAGCGAUUGGGCAAAGCCUAUUGAAGUGUCUAUCCUCAGCCAACAAGAACAUGGCCAAAGGUCCCGCUGGUUUCCACUGUAUCAAGUUUUCGCUUACUCGCACGAGUGGCCGGACUUUAUGGACAAAUCGUGGUACUUUGCCACGUAUCCUGGUCUCGUCUUCCAAGAAGUCUUAGCAGUCAGCCGUUAUGAAGGAGACUUGUGGCUCACUCUGCGCAACCGCUGCUUCACUCGCCGACGCUGCACGUCCUCUGGAAUCGGAGAAGUGGAAGAACGUCGGGUCGUCGACAAUAUCCGUGAUCUGCAUUCUUUGCUGGAUAAUGAGUUCCGACUUAAACUCAAACCGAAUAUGGACGAGAAAUUGCGUCUGAAACUGCAACUCCGGUAA